AUGUUCAAGCUUUGGCAAUUUCUAUCAAAACCUUUCAUAACUCAUAAGGAGGAACAGCAUGAUGAAGCGACACUCAAUGCUCAGCCUGAUCUCGGCUUGCCCACCUUUCAUUAUGAGAUGCCGCCUUCUCUGACUGCUCCACCCAACCAAGAUCAAAGAACACGCAAUGUUGUGAAUAUCUAUCCACAAGUUCGACGCGCACAACCACCCACCCCGUCGCCACAGGUGGCAUACCAACCAUCCGUUUCCGCAGCAGGACGCUCACGGGAUGCCUGUAAAUGGAUCACGCCUGUUGAGCACUCGGUUGCUGUUCUGUCAGCGGAUGCAUGGAAUAUGCUUAAACCUGUGGAGUGGGAGGCAUUGGGUGGUGCGGUUGUACAGCGUUCAGUCAGGGUAACGGAUGGACGAAAGGGUGUUGAUGUCUUAUUUGGCAAGCGUCGACAUGUUUUACGAUUGAUACAACGAAAGGCAACGGGCGUGCAUAUACGCUUACAAGAUGACAAGUUACAUUUGGAGGGGCCUAAUGAGCGCAUCCACAGGCUCUUGGAUUUCCUUGAUCACUUGUACGCACGGGUAGGUCGGUCACAUCGUGAUUAUGUCAUUGUACGCUGCAACGGCCCCCAAUUGGAAAGCAAGCUGGAACGUAUCGAUACUCUGUACAAGAACCACUCUGGAGUUCCACCUUUUGAUCGAUGUAGAGUCGUACCUAUGGAUGAAUUGCAUUUCACAUUGGCGAAAAUUGAAGGACAAUACUCUCCAGCAUUAAUCAAGCAUGUGGCUGAGACCUUUUAUCGCAUUGUACAAGGACUUGAAAAGCAACAUUAUAUGGGCAGCUUUACACUUGAUCGUAUUGCAUUUGAAACCAAUUAUUCACGAAAUGCUUUGGCGAUCUCUUCAAGCGAGGUUGAUAACCCUAUAUCAAAACUCAAAACAAUCUGCAAGGCCCGUGCCCUCCUCAACAGCAGUGUCAGUUUCACCAAACAUUUACAUAUGACCAUCUUGAAAUCACGAUCGAUCUCGGCGGCUGGCAUUGAUGAUGUAGAAUUAAGCAAGGUACUUCCAGAAGAUAUUCGAAACGACUUUCUUGGGCCAAUCUUUGUCGACAGCUUUCUAGUUAGCCGCAAUAUCACAAGUAUGCUCACCAAAAACAACAGACAUGUACCUUAUACCACAUUUAAAAUUGUAUAA